GGGCCUGCAAAGACCCCCGAGGGUGCGGGCGCUAGAGCUCCGAGGAUCCCUGGAGACUGCCCCGAGUGAUCAGAUGACAGCUUGGCUAUAGUGUGCUUCCGAAGGCGAUCUCCCUGGGCCGAGGAUUAAUGGGAGAGGCGAUUUGCAAGACCUCCCCUUCCUUCAAUUUCAAAGUAUUAUAUAUAUGACACAAUUAUUGGGGAGACUAUUGCUUCAGUGCCUUCAGAAAACAUACACUGCAGAAAAGCACAUUCUCAAUCUUCCACACACGAUGCCACCUCCCGUUCAAUCCGCAUACAAGCGCAUCAAACAACCCCAAGAAGGCGAGAAUGGCUACAGGAGCCCUCAGCCCGGCAAGACGGAAGUUCUUCCUACGGGAUGGAACGGGUUCAAUGCCAAACCUCUGAAAAGCCCGAUUCGAAUUGACCACGAUGUUGAGAUCGUGGUGCGCGAUGGUUGCCGACUGUACGCCGACAUUUACCGUCCGGCCGAUACUUCGGAGCCAGUCCCCGCUAUCUUGAGUUGGUCGUUCUACGGCAAGAAAUACAGUGCACUGGAGAUGCUGCCAAUGUGCACGUGGAACUGCUGUGUCCCUCGAACUGAUCUCAGUGGUCUCGAGAAGUUCGAGGGUCUAGAUCCCCAAACCUGGUGUCCACGCGGAUAUGCCAUUGUUAGCGUCGACACGCGUGGAGCGGGAAACAGUGACGGGAUGAUCUGCGUGAUGGGCUCACAGGAUGCCGAGGAUGGCUACGAUGUCGUUGAGGCCCUGGCCAAGAUGGACUGGUGCAACGGUUCCAUUGGCAUGGCGGGCAAUUCUGCUCUGGCCAUCUCACAGUGGUUCAUUGCUGCUGAGCAGCCUCCUUCCCUCAAAGCAAUCGCCCCAUGGGAAGGCUCUGGCGAUAUCUACCGAGAGCAAUUUUGUCGAGGCGGAUGGUUCUCCAUGAGCAAUUUCGAUCUCAUCACCGGGGCUAUUGUUCGUGGGCCCGAGAACUCCGGCAUCGAAGACUUCGAGGAGAUGUACCGGCGUUCACCAACCUCCAGCGCCUUUUGGGAGGACAGGCGGGCAGACAUCUCUCGCGUCCAGUGUCCGGUCUACAUCCGAGGCUCGGAUGUAAGUUCCAUCCACACCAUGGGCUCCGUGCGAGGCUGGCUCGAGCUGCCUCACGAACAGAAAUGGAUUCGAUGGGGGAGCAAACAGGAGUGGUACGAGCUGUACAGUUGUCCCGAGUCCGAAGCUGAGCUCUUCCAAUAUUUCGACCGGUAUCUCAAGGGCAUCAGCAACGACUGGGAGAAGACUCCCAAAGUUCGAUGGUCUGCCCUGCGAUUCGGCAAUCGGGAGGCGAUCGACGACAUUGAGCUGGCAGACUUUCCAGCGCCAUCCACCGAGUAUCGCGAGUUCUUCCUUUCCAAGAACCGACUGAAUGCGGCACCCGUUUCCGUAUAUGAGAAGCUCUCGUAUGAGUCCGAUCAGCUGGACAGCCUUCUCGCCUUCACCCACACCUUUGACCAGCCCGCCCGGUUGAUUGGCCUUCCCAAAGCUAUCCUGUAUAUGUCGUGCGAAGACCGCGAUGAUUUCACCGUGUUCGUUAUCCUUCGCAAGCUUGACCGCGAGAGAAAGCCCCUGAUGCACCUCAACUUCCCCAUUCAUGCGACUCCCGUGCAAUCAAUCGAAGAGAUCCCAACCAAGGACCAAGCAAGCCUGAACCUGCACCUGGGGUCGGUCGGUAUCCUGCGAGCGUCACAUCGGGCAUUCGAUUCGGCCAAGAGUAUCCAUCCCCAAUUCCCGUUCCAUCUCCACCGUAAGCAGGAGAAGGUUCCGCCCGGAGAGGUCGUCAAGCUGGAGAUCGGUAUCUGGGCCAUGGGGGUCGAUUUCGAUGCUGGAGAGUCUAUCAGUGUUCAGGUAUGUGAUACAUGCGCCCCGUUUAGAGGCCGGAAACUAAAAAGAGAACAGGUAUCGGGGCAGUAUCCCAGCAUCGCCGAAUACAAGACGUGGUCGAAGCCUCGGCCAGAGGAGGAAUUGAACCGGGGCAAGCAUUAUGUGCAUUGUGGUGGAGACUAUCCCAGCUCGAUGAUUCUCCCUUUCAUUUAGAUGUAUCAGAAAGACACACAGAUUGACAGAUCAAAGAGAAAUAAUAUCUGCGGAGUUCUGUAUCAUAAAGAUAGCGCAUGUUAAAUGUAAUGACUGGUGUUAGCUUGUGCUGGCAACUUGGAUUGAAG